GCUCAAAAACCACCGACGUGCGUGAGCGUCACUGUUGGUGUUCACCGCUGUGAUUUUUAGCUUAGCGGAUCCAAAUACUCACUUUCCUUACGCUCUGUAAAAACAGAUUGGAUUGCGAUAUUUGUGUAGUCGACGAUCUCAUAGUAUUUUUGGCUCCGAGAGCAGCACCAAUUCCAAGGAUAUGGGAUCUGCACAGCGAUAUUUUGGAUCUAUUUCUUGGUAGGAGCAAGAACUCGGAGAUCUAUCGAAUAAAGAUGACGUGGCGUGCUUCAAAGCGAUCCAAUGGUUUUUCCUUUGUGUCAAAGCUACGGCUGAGCAGAUGUAUCAUGACAAAGGACAACCGCCCAACUACCGUUGAACCUUAAGGCUUCACGCGCAUUGAUAAAUAUGAUGAAUGCAGCGAUACCAAAAUAAAGCGACAAGAUCAAGAUGCAUAUGACGAAAUAGAUAUAGACCAACAUGGUAUCCAUUACCAUUUCUUUCAAUGUUCCCGCCCAUUAGUAGCGUUAAGAUUAGCACUCAGGAAGGCUAAAAAUGUCGUGCCACGCCUACGUCCGGCUGCAGGGCUUCCCGACGCGCCGACUCGCGUUCGACGGGACGGAGGAAAGCCUAAGUACAGUUUUGCGAUAACUAUCACUGACUGUUGCCAUGCUUCUGAUUCACUUGCAGGCUCUUAACGGUGACACAACAUCAAUGACAGCUUAAUACGCAGCAGGAGAUGAAGCCGAUAUGAUCCGUCUUCUAGCAUUGAUGGAGCAAAAAUGCGCACUAACUUCAAAAUACCAUGUGAGUUGUAUCCUUCAAGAAUUCAUCAAUAUAUUAAUUUCAUUAUCACAGGCGCCUCCAUCGCAAGCGCAUUCGGAAUUUCCCUGGCCAAGCUGCGCGAUGACGCAAUUCUGGUGUGUGACCGCAAGCGGCCGCACCAGUACCGGGAUGAAGGAUUGUUUCUUGACAGUAGAGACGAGCAAGAGCCCGUUCAAGACCUUAUUUCUUCCUUCGAACACGGCGAUAAUGUUGCUGCCUCGUCUUCGUCUGGGUCUACCCGCCCCGCAUAUUCGCUCCCGUUGUGUGACGAAGAGGAAAAUUUCGACCAGCAAAGAACGAGGACCAAAUCCUCAGUACGAAGAACCAGAAGUGGGAGGACCACAAGAAGCACGUCAGCAUCUGCAGAUCCUUGUCAUUCAUCCUCCGCGUCGGCAUCAAAUGACCCCACAAUGUCGGCCAAGCUGUCCGCCCUGCGCAAUCUGGACGUGGAGGUGUUGUGGCGCCUCCGGGGUGGUAAGGGCGGUUUCGGGGCCUUGCUGAAGAAGCUGACGGGUGGCGGGAAGAAAACCACGAACACGGACGCCAUGCGGGAUUUGAGCGGGCGCAGGCUGCGGCACGCGAAAACCGUGGAGCGGUUUCAACAGUGGAUGCAAAAGAAGAAGGACGAGGACGAACUGGUGGCGAUGCUGAUGGACGGGGAGCUGCCGGAACCCACGAUCGCGAAAAAAAAGGAGAUCGCGCUGGGGGACGAGUUCCUGGAGAAGCUGCAGCAGUCCGGGAAGUCCAAGCUCGACAUGCUGCAAGAGGCGAAAAAGCAGGGCCCGCAGCCGUUUCUGUCGAGCUCGUCCUCUUCGAACAAGAGGCCGAGGGAGGAAGAGGCGGGAGGCGGCGGCGAAGUGGAUGACGCGAGGCGGGCGAAGGGGCUCGCGUUGCUGGCUCGAAAACGCGGAGAAGACGUCGAGGAAUUGUUUGCGGAGUUCAUGGGAGAGUAUAAAGAAUGACCCUGUUUGUGCUUUGCCUGAUUUUCUUUUGCCCCUGUUCUGUAAUUUCACGAAUGUUUUUUGUUUAAACGAUACAUACCAGAGACCACCAGCAAAGUUGUGCUGAAAGCUGGUCCUUCAGCAAAAUCAUGCCUUCUACGUCGCUGGAAACCAGAAUGGAAUCAAAAUAUAAUUACACUGUAAAAAACGAACAGCGCGUCGUCCGAUGCCUCCGUGAGUUCUGACAGCGACGAGGCUCUGAACAUUCGCGACAAAAAAAAAGGGGGAGCAAAACGGCAGAAACCAAACACUAGCGCUCAGGUCGAUAUCGCAAACACCACAGGGAAUAAGAACAAGGGCGACAAAACGAAAGAUCUUCUGGUUUCCGGUGAUUCCACAGCGACUCUGGUAAUCCCCCCCUCCGGAGGAGCGCAGCUGCCCGGGGCGCCACUGAUUCAAUUUGACGACGGAAGCACAAGCGGGCCCCCGGCGGCGGACGAUGGCUGGGCGGCUCGAAUGAACGCAGCCAAGAUAAAAAACCGGGACAACAGCAAUAAAGCACCCUUUGCUUUCAACGAGGAGCUGGUUGUGGAUUUGGCGAAAUUUUCUUCCGAAGCGGAGUUGCAAAACAAAUGCACCGACGACCAGCUGAAGCACACCAGUGCGAAGCUCGGGCUGAAGGUCGGCGGCACGGCGAAGCAAAAAGCGGAACGCCUGAUGCUGCUGAAGCAAAAGGGGAAGGACGCGCCCCGGUCGAUCUUUGCCCCGGUUCCGGCUGGAGGUGCACAGAAGGGGGAGGAGAACAAGAAAAAGACGUAGCUGCUCGUGUGCUGGCAGAUGGUGGAAGAUUGAGAGUAUGUGUCAAUGGACCGACACAAUAUCGUCGACUAAUUUUCAUUUUCGCGACAAAAAGAUAUAUCAUGACAUGACUAUCAUCGCAGCGACAUUCGAUUCACGUAAAAAGCAAGGCUCGACAACUACAUCCGAUCGAAAAUGAAUACGAACGACGCGUAGCAGUUCGUGGCCCCACCGAAUUCUACAGCCGCAGUAGCUAGUGCCUCCGCCG